AAAUCUGCUUUAUCACAACACGCUCAACAUCGUUUACACGCGCACAUACACGACAAGCUACUAGCUCCUUUCGUUCGCCUCUUCCAGCCCACAAACCGAGCCACAAUGACCGGUCGCGGCGGCGGCACCAUGAGCAAGGAGGAGAAGGACAAGAUCGCACAGGAGUACUUCGGCAAGCCAUACGACGAGCUGGACACCAACCAGCAGAAGAGUGUGGGCGGCCACUUCGGCGGCGGCAAGAUCCACGAGAUGAGCGAGCAGAAGAAGCAGGAGGGCGGCAGCGAGUAGCCGGGGGGGGGGGGGGGUUAGGAUGGAGUGGUGGUAAGCGCUACUACAGCAGGCCGGCAGCCAUACAUGGGUGUCACUUGAUGUUGGUGGUUGGUACGGAUGACAUGGGCGGCGCUGGCGGCGUAGGCUUGUGACGUGUCUGUUGGAUGUGGGCUAGGCGCGUGCUGCCGCUCACGGCUUGACGGCAGUGUGUCUAUGCAUGCUGUUGGCGUUCAGCAGGCAUAGGUUGCUAGUCUGCAUGCAAAGCGAGACUGACAAUUCUGACAC